AUGCCAAGAGGACAUCGUGUGAGUGUACGCGAUUCCUCUGUCACUUUAAGUAAUUGUACAACAAGCAGUUGUGCUAUAAGCAACAUUAUUAUGUCAUACACACACUAUCCCGAUUUAGACAACUACCGAUAUCGUAUCGACUUUAAAGCAGAACCAUACGGUACUGGGCCAUUCUUUGAAGGAACCACUCUUGGUUUCAUAACUGAUAAGACAUCUCUUCUCGGUUUUGAGUUUACGUACGAUGCUGAACAAUGUACCUGCAAGAAAACUACCAAACCAUCUGGUAUUUAUCAUAUUACUUGUGUCACAGAUGCAUUGCAAUUUAUCGAUAACAUUGGUAUAGGUGUCCACUUCGAAGCUCAGUUAUAUAGAUCCAACAGUACCAAGACUGCUGGUGCCAACACCAUCCAACUUACUCAUAAUUUUAUUGCUCAAAAUUUUUCUGAUGAAAAAAGCAAUGUUCCAUUGUGUGCUUUAGUUCAUGAGGAUAUUGUUACUCGUGAAACUGUGACAAGCACUGGCCAGCUUGUCGCACUUUCUACUCGCACUAUUGAGGUUUAUAAUUUUACUCCUCAUGCAAGUGAUAGUGAUUAUAUCAUUCCUGCUCACUGUCCUAGAUCAUGCUAA